AUGAGGAAGCGUGAUGGCAGAGAUGACCGCGGACCCCCAGCCGAGCUCCGAACCCGCGAACAAUGGCUCCUCUGUCUGGGGUCACCCGACUGGUUUGUCGGGCACGGAAGGGGGGUGCUGGGGGUGACGUCGUCGGUACGCAGAGGCUCCUGGAUGGGGCCCAGCGGCCACCGCAUCCUCCUGCCCUUCCCCGGGCCUCAGUUUCCCCGUCUGCAGUGGUGUCCAGCGGGGGUGCGCGUGACCCGGGGCGCCAUGGCGCUCAGCCUCCUCGCGCCUCCACGACCCCUAGGCUCUCGCGCUGCGGGGGAAACUGAGGCCUCCUGGAGCUCGGGUCCUCACCUCCCUCCGAAGGCCCCCACCCGCCGGCGGGACGCACAUCUGGGGGCAAAGCAACAACAUGUGCGGAGCACAGCUGGUUCCGAUGAGCCGUGGGGGCCCCGGCCCAGGGUGGCCUUCGGGGCUCGGUGGGCUGCGGGGCACAGCCGCCCCCUCCCAGCCGCCCUCCCGUCCCCGGCGCGGGGGAUGGGCGAGGACUCCAGGGCCGCUGCGCCCCUGAGCCAGGCCUGGUUUGUUCAGACUCCUGCUCGUACCUCAGAGCCCCGAUUCCAGUGUGUCCCCGCGCCCCCCUUUCCAGAGAGUUCAUCUCAUUCUGUGUGGUCUGCGGGAGCACACCCGCAGCGUGCGCGCGCGCGCAGGUCGGAGGGCAACCCUGGAGUCAGUUCUGUGGGUUCGGGUGGCGGAUGUCAGCUUAGCCACUCCGUCCCGCUCCGCGUCGCACGGCAGAGGGGUGUAAACGGGGAGGAGGGGGCUGGGCGACUCGGCGACCUCCGCUGGGAGCCCCCACGCGCACCCGGCGCACGCAGGACCAGAGAGGGGCACGGUCCCCGCAGGACACACAGCACCGCGCGCGGCUCCGGGGCCGGCGCCUUCCGGAACAUUCUCUCCCCAGCCGUCACCGGGUCACCCCGACUGUCCCCACACGAGCCGAGGUUUCCCCCACUUGGAGAACUUGUGCCCAUCCCGCCCAGCCCCAGCUGCAGCGCCCCUCCUCCAGGAAGUCUUCCCGGAGCCUCCCACCUCGCCCGAGUCCCCGUCACAGGUCCCCGGGUCGGGGGAGGUGUUUGGAGCCGGCUGGGGACCCGGGACCCUCAGAAGUGCCCGGAUGAAAGCGCGGGAGGGGUUGUCCGGCCCGGGGCGAGGGGCUGGGGUGAGACGAGCUGGUCAGGCUGGAAUCCGCCCGCCACUGACAUCCUGCCCGUCACGCCCCAUGGGGCUUCCUCAGCCCGGGGCGCUGACACACAAAGGGUGUCCCACAACAUCAGGGAUGUGAGGCCUGGCGAAGGAGGCGGGACGGAAACCCAGGGGUCCAGUGCCCAGCACAGCCCCCUCCCCGCACACCCAGUGGGCCAGGCAGAUGGCAACCCCCUACGGCCCCCAAAUCCGCAUCUCAGCAUCCAGCCCGGGCUUCACGACUUCUGCCUCCAGUCCCACCUGAAGUCUGCCCACUCUGCGGCACCCCUGGGCCUGGGACCCCCCUCCUCCAAAGAGCCCCACGCCCUCUUGUGGCUGAACAGCGACUCAGGAGCCCAGCGGCCCGGCCCUUACCGGGGAGGACACGGUGUCCCCGGGCGCGCAGGGAACGCGCCCCUGACGUGUUUACUUCUGUGCGCCGCGGGGCUGUGCGCGGCCAGGUCCCCUCCUGGGGUUCACGGAGACCUCGAUGUCCCCCCUCCAUCCUCCCUGCCUGACGGAGCGCUCACAGGGGUCCGGGGGUCCAGCAGCUCAGCACGGGAACUGGGGGCGCAGGAGCCGGGAGCGCGCCCCGUCGGGUACCCCGCGGUGACCCGGGAGGGGGUCCUUGGGGACUCCCCGCCCCCCCCCCGCACUGCACCCCGGGACUCAGCUUACCUGCCGGGAGCUCCAGAUGACCCGGUCAGUGGUGACUCCUCUGGCCAUCCGAGCCCGGCCCGGCCCCAGCCACCGCGUGCGCCAUCCGGAUCGCGGGGACCCGAGGCGACCCGGGGACCCCGUGCCGGAGGAGGCCACCGCGCAGAGUGCGGGACGCGGGCCGGGCCAUGGGGUUUCCCCCCCUGUCCUCUCUCUUUCUGGCUUCCCGGGGCUCGCCGGGCUCGGUACACCCCGGGACGGCGCGCGUGGGAGGCUGGAGCACGCUCGGGACGCGGGGCCACGCGGGGAGCGUGGGGCGCACGGACGGAGCCACCGCGCGCUCUCCCUCCGCUCCCGCCGCGCACCGCUCAGGCCGGCAGGGUUGGAGGGGGCGUGGCCUUCCCGGAGGCGUGGACGUGGGCGUGGCGUAGGGUUUCCCGGGCUCGGGAGCCGCCCUCAUCCCGCCCACAGCCGGAGGGGCGCGCCGGGAGAGCAGGUGGCAGGAACGCGGGAGGCCCUAGACGGCCGCAGGGAUCGAGCGAUCGACUCUCCCGGGACUCUCCUUCAUCCGAGACUUUGCGCCCCGAAUCGAGUCCGCACUGA